UCAGUCGCCAUCUUUGGUGAAGGCAAGACAGGCAAAUCCGCGAAUGCGAAUCUCUCGUGUCGCAUCUUUUCUCGACGGGUGCGUACGUGAGGCGAAUUUAUUUAUGUGUAAAAAGUGCGACAGGCCUUGGCUCGUUUUGCGAAAUCGGGUUCGGCGAAAGUGAAUUCGUGCCGUGAACAUUAUCGGCUUUCGGAUUCCGUAGACUCGAUUCGUGCCGUCGCCUAUUUUGCUUCCGAUCGCGAGAGGAAUGGACAGGGUCUCGAUUUUCAUUUCGAGGAGUAAGAAAUCGCGAAUUGUCCUCGUCUGAAGGGGCAUUGUUUCUCUCGAAAAUAAAGUCGCGACCAAGUGCGGAAGGACUCGUCUCUCUGCGGGAAACGAGGUUAGAUAAUCCGGGUUGUUCGGGGUGGAAAAUCUGUGGAUAAGGGUAAUAAUAAUAGUAUUAUUAUCGGUGAAUUAUCAUUGGUGGUGAAUGAAAAUGAGCUGUCAAAGGAAUGAGGGGAAGAUAACAGUGCCGGAGGACUUGAGGGACAUUUUGCUGGAAUUUACGAUCAGCUAUCUGCUGGAACAACCGGGGGAUAUUGUGGAUUAUGCGGUCGAUUUUUUCACCCGUCUGAGGGAGAAUCGACAGACGCAGCUGAUCCAGGCGAAUGUUCAGACGUGUUCGUCGACACCGGACGAGUCAGUCGACGACGAGGAGCCACCGAUUGGCAGGUUUGCGACGAGAAGGAAGAGCGUCUUCGCUGAAACUUAUGACCCGGAAGAAGACGAAGAAGAUGAGGGAGUUAAGAUGGUCCAUCCAAAAAGCGACACACAACGGCAUCGACUUAGUGAAAGCGUUAAAACUAUUCUCCUAUUCAGAGCGUUAGACAAGGAGCAAAUGUGUGAUGUGCUCGAUGCGAUGUUUGAAAAGACCGUCAAUCCUGGUGAUUAUAUCAUUCGACAAGGAGACGACGGAGACAAUUUUUACGUAAUCGAAAGGGGGAAAUUUGAGGUUUACGUGAAGGAUGCGACAGGAAAAGAUAUGCACAUUCACACCUACGACAACAGCGGCGCUUUCGGCGAGUUGGCUCUACUUUACAAUAUGCCUCGAGCUGCAAGCGUUAAAGCGAUUACUCCCGGCACUCUCUGGGCCAUGGACAGACAAACUUUCCGACGUAUACUCCUCAAAUCCGCUUACAAAAAGCGCAAGAUGUACGAAAAUCUCAUCAACAAAGUACCGAUGCUCAAAUCCCUCGAGCAAUACGAGCGGAUGAAUUUGGCAGAUGCACUCGUUCCAAAACAAUUUUCCGAUGGAGAGCGAAUUAUCAAACAAGGCGAUUCGGCCGAUGGAAUGUACUUUGUCGAAGAUGGCAUUGUCAGGAUCACAAUUUUGGGAGACAACGGACGGGAAGUGGAGGUCAAUCGCAUCUCCUCUGAUGGUUAUUUGGGAGAAUUGGCUCUUGUAACGCAUAAGCCUCGAGCUGCCUCGGCUUAUUCGGUAGGAAAUGUUAAACUGGCCUUUUUGGACGUGGAAGCAUUUGAGCGUCUGUUGGGUCCCUGCAUGGAGUUAAUGAAGCGUAACAUUGACGACUACGAGGACCAGUUGAUCAAGAUAUUUGGCAGUAAAACCGAGAUUUCCGACAUCCGAUGAACUUGUGAAUUCUCGCUGGAUCUUCGCCGCUGCACCACGUGUCUGAGGCGACACUCCGUAAGCACAAACUUUAACCAGCAUUCGUUUGUGAACUUGAUAUCCGUGUACUUUAAGAAACAAAACAAAAGAAAAAAGAAAAAGAAAAAAAAGAACAGAAAAAGAGUCUUCUUGAGACGUAAUUCGUACAAUUGUCCAUUAGGCGUACGUCAUUCGUCAAUCGGUCAUCCGUAGCUGCAGCAUUUACACCUACGACUAUUUAAUUAUUAUAACCUACUACAGACCACCACAGCCCUAAAGUAUGUACGGCACGCCAUGAGAAUAAUAAUUAUCAAGACUGUAUUAGAUCGGAAAGUAUUACAGUUUUUAUUAUAAAUAAGGCCGACGUUGAGGCCAAAGGUUUUUCCGUUACCGCGCUGAUAGUGCCAUGAUUCUAUUUAUAUUUAAAUUUAAAUACAAAACGAGUCCUAAUAAUUAACUUAAAAAGAAAGAAAGAAAGAA